UUUAAAAACUAUGGACUAACCAAGACAUGUUUUCAAGAGAGUAAAGGAGCGAUCUAUACUGGAUGCCAAAUAAAGUGUUGAUGAAUGGCGAAAGUUAUUCAAGAAUGGCGAAACUGAUCAAAAUGGAAAUAAGAUUAAAUACAGUCUUAAAUAGGCUGCUGAGAAGGUUGGAGUACCAAAAAAGACUUUAGAAGAUUAUCAUUAGUUAUUAAAGUAAUAAUAAUUAGUUAUCUUUAAGAAAAGCUGAAUAAUUCAUCGACUUGAAUGAAGUCGGAAAUAAAAAGAUGGGUUAUUUGAGAAGUUAUUUAAAAUAUUAACAACAGCAACAAACCCAAUCAGACAUUUUGUCAGGCAAGGAUUAAAAUAUCAACAGUAGUGACUAUAUGGAGGAAGAGGAUGAAUUCAAGCAGCAAUAAUAAUAAUAAUAAUAAUAAUUUGAUUAUGAAGAGAUGAUAGUGGAGGGAGAUGUCCGUUGCUAUUACAUAGAGGACUAAUCUGACUUCAUCUAAUAGCAUGUUCAAACUGUAGUGAUCCAUCAUUAACUAAAUUAUGAUAAGAAAUUAGAUAUUCCAUACAGUGAUUGCGAUGAUUGCGAAACAGAUGAUGAAUUUGAUAAUGAAUGAUUCAUUAUAUAUCAUAAA